UGUUCAUUGUUCGAUCACCCCGGUCGUUGCUGCCCGAAAGAUGUCGUUGGCCCUCGCCCGAGAUCAAGGGGUGAGAUGGGUGCUGUUUGGCUGGAGCAUUUUCACUGCAGAGAAUCUGGUGAUGUCAGAGUACAAGACGGAGAUCAAACACUACUGGGGUGGACGGGGUGGACCGACGGCCUAUCAGACGAUGUACAGUACCUUGUCAGGCUUGGCAUCUCUCUCCAUCUUUGCGGCGUACUGGCGCUUUGCUCGCUUCGGUCUCCAACUGCCUCCCCCCAGCGGGUCGCGACGCCUUGUGGGCUUGGUGGGGCGUGUGCUCGGCCUGGGCGCCUUAGGUCAGCUGCUACCGCCGAUCAAUGUCACUGCCUUGGAGAUCGCUUUAGGUUUACGUCCCCAGCCGCCACAGCACUUGCCCCCGCAAGUGCGUGGAGCAAUGGCGUGCCCCUUUGACUUCAAUGCUCAUGCAGGGCGUGGCGAGGUCUUUGGGAUCACCCGUGUGUCGCGGCGUCCGGAACUGGUCGGCUUGGGCUUCUAUGGCCUGGCAGGGGCCUUGGUGGCCACCACCGGAACGCAGGUCGCCAUGUGGGGUAUCGGCCCCUUGGUAUCCUUUAGCAUCCUUGCAAUUCAUAGUGAUCGCGUGCAGAGACGCGGUGGCGAAUUGUCCCAGGAGAAGGAGCAGCAAACCUCCUUGUUCCCCUUCCUGGCCCUGCUGGAUGGGCGCCAAUCUUGGACCGAGCUCCGUGACGAGAUGGUGACCUCCAAUCUGGUGGCUGCCAGCAUCACUGCGGUGCUCUUCAGUUGCUUGGGUGCUUUGCGGCCUGCGUGGAUGGCCUUUGGCACCACGAAGGGCCUCUAACAUGCCGGUCGAAUGAGCGCGAUGUGAAGGCGUAGAUGAGUGGAUGGCACACAAGUUCAGAGCUGGCUGAUAGGUGCA